AUGAACCGAUUGCCCUCCCGCCUGGGCCGAAUGCGGAUGCCCGCUACGCGAAGCUACUCGAUCUUCGCCCGAACGUCCUCCAAAAAGUCGCUGCCGAACCCCAAGGGUGAGCCCUCGGCAGCACCUGAUUCUGGCAAGACCGGCAAGAAACAGCCCUUUGUGCAUGACUACUCGGUGCGACCCACGACUUACGUGUACCGAAUGGAGGACAAUGCGGAGUCGUUCAGCAAGUACCCUCUGAUGACAUCCAAGAAGCUGUCCAAGAGCUCCUCACGGCCCAGAGGAGUCCGAAUGACCGCCAAGGACUUCAUGGACGACUCUCUUUACAACCCCUACUACGGCUACUUCUCCCGGAACGUGGAGAUUUUCACCACCGACAAACCGUUCGAUUACACGAAUAUCAAUGAUGUGGACGACUUCCUCAACACGUGGACCGGAGAGUACUCCAAAUACGCAGCUAACAGCCCGACUUUGACGGGUAAGACAAAAGAUACGAGCCAUUCGGGUACCUUUCCCGCUCAGGACAAGGACUUCACAUCGAGGGGCGCCUCGAAACAGCUGUGGCAUACCCCCACCGAGCUGUUCAAGCCUUACUACGGAGAGGCUCUGGCACGAUACUUGCUGGUCAACUACAAGCUCUCGCUAUACCCCUACAAGGAUCUGAUCAUCUACGAAAUGGGAGGAGGUAACGGUACGCUCAUGACCAACAUUCUCGACUAUAUUCGAGAUACUCAGCCCGAGGUAUACGAGCGAACCCGAUACAAGGUCAUUGAGAUUUCCGACCAGCUGGCUCACAAGCAGCAGAGUGCUCUGCACACCAAGGCGUCCGAGACCGGUCAUCGGUCCAAGGUCGAGAUCAUCAACAAGUCGAUUUUUGAUUGGAAGGAGCCCGUCAACGACCCCUGCUUCUUUGUCGCCCUCGAAGUUUUUGACAACUUUGCCCACGAUAUCGUCCGAUACGAUAACCGAACUUUGCAGCCCUACCAGGGUCAUGUUCUGGUUGAUGCCAAUGGAGACUUCCACGAGGUGUAUACUCAGAAGCUCGACGAAUGGACCAAGCUUUUCCUUCAGAUCCGAACGGAGGCUCUUGAGGACUACUCUCCCGAUAGCAGACUCGGUUUCCAUCCUCUGUCUACCCCUUGGCUUUACAAAGAGGCCCGAAACCUCAUGUGGCCCUUCCACUCUGAACUGUCUGACCCCGAGUUCAUCCCCACUCGAUACCUCGAGUUCCUGUAUAUUCUCAAGAAGUACUUCCCCCAGGCUAGAUUGCUGUCUUCUGAUUUCACACAUCUGCCCGAGACCACCACUUCACGGUUCUCCGGAUACAACUCUCCUGUGGUUCAGACAGUGCUUGACAACCAGAUGGUCACCACUAACACACAUAUGGUUCUGCAGGGUUACUUCGAUAUUCUCUUCCCCACCGACUUUGAGCUUGCUGCGCAGCUUCUUCGUCACGUGUGUGGCAGAGUGCCUGAGAUUUCUACCCAUCAGGAGUUCUUGGAACAAUGGGCCGACCUUGAUGCAACCACUACCAAGACCGGUGAGAACCCCAUGACCAGUUUCUACCGAAACGCUGCCUUCCUCACCAAUUAA